UUGGGGGAUCCUUUGGCAUGGCAUCGCGUGGCUCAAGCUCCGAAGACUGGGCGCGCUUCGCCGAAAGCACCUCGUUGGGCAUGUCCCGCUUUUUCGCCGUGCACCUCUUCAGCCUCUUCAUUCUGUGGUUCUUGAUGACCUCGACUACCUUGUGGCUCUUCACUGGCAUAAGGAUGUCAGGCAACUGGCAUGAGAGUAGUGUGGUGCGGCGGGUCAUUGGUGGCAUUGAUGGACAUCAUUUUGAAAACGAGGGCCUCAUGAAGCGCGAGUUGAAGAGACUAGCAGAAGAACAGCAAAGUGAGGCAGAGAAACAGGGCUUGAGUGUGGACCCGCAGUUGCUUCACCUGGAAACAUCCAAUGAUUUUGUGAAGUACGCAGCCAAAAGAGGGGCAGAGGUCAAGAGAAAAGGGAACAGCUAUUUGCGAGUGCAAAAGGGGCCAGUCUGGUGGGAGUUCCGUGCCACCCAGCAGAAGUUCAAGAAGAAGGAGGUAAAAGUCAUCAUCAUCACAGCAUUCAAAGCCAUGGGCAUCGGGUUCAAGUGAGUGGAGAUUGGGCAGAAUCUGCCUGACUUGCAAUCCUGGCGCUGGCUUGGCUUGAUCUCGGGGUUGUCGCACCGGCAAAUGCUUGAGAUGCGGGGUCAUUUCCCCAGCACUGAGCUGUUCGAGAUGCGCAGUUCUGAGCCCGAGGGUCAUGUGCUGAGGAGCUAUCGCGAGGGUGCAGCGGACGCACUGACCAUGAGUAUGCUCGUAUAAUUUGAACUCCAGAAAUUCUAGAUUCUAGACCUUGGUGCGGUCGAGCUGCCACUCACUACCUGAUUUAGAUUUUUAAGAUCUGAAGUGGCCCAUAUGUGUCUGGACAAGAGCUCCAGAAAUUCGGUCUUCCUCGGCCAAUUUGUCUGGCAUCUCGACAGCCGCAUUCAGGCGUGCUGCUUGCUCUGAACACUAGCGCUGGG